UCGCGGGCAUCGGGAAAACGCAGGAUAAAACAGAGAAGGCGGAGUGUUGUUAUCAUUAGCCUCAUAACGGAAAUAACGAUAUAAAGCCAGCGUUAAAUCACACAACUAACUGGUAACAGCAACUCCCACAUUAACGGGACUCCAAAGUGACCUGCUAAAAAAUGUUCGGUUCUUCGAGAUCUGGAGGGGUCCGAGGAGGCCAGGACCAAUUCAACUGGGACGACGUAAAGGUCGAUAAACACAGAGAGAAUUAUCUCGGGAAUUCUCUGAUGGCGCCAGUAGGGCGAUGGCAAAAAGGCAAGGAUCUGUCAUGGUACUCCAGAGAUAAGAAAAGUGGUGCACCUUUGACCAAAGAGGAGGAAAUUGCUGCUAUCAAAGCCGCAGAGCACGAGGCGCUGAUGGCUGCCCUAGGACACAGGAAUGUAAAGAGGCAACCGACUGGCCUGACCAAAGAGGACCUUGCAGAUGUUUGCAGGAGGGAAGAGGUUGAUGGUGAGGAGAGAGAUGUGGACCGUAUCUCAGGCUUGGGAAGCUCAAGUGCAGGGUCGAGGAAAAUGGUGCUCUCCCAAAAGGAAAAGGAGGCAGCUAAAUUAGGCUUGCCUGUUUUUACAAAUUCAACAGUUUCCUUGAUCAAAUCCACAUCUCUACAGCACCACAAAACGGAAGGUUGUGCAGAAACAACGAUAUCGAAGACAUCUCAGAGUGAAGAGAAGGCGGAUGUGGAGCAACGGGACGAGAGCAAAAAGAAAAAGAAAGAGAAAAAAAGCAAAAAGAAGAAGGAAAAAAAGAAGAAACGGCAAAGAAGAGACUCGUCCUCUUCGGACUCCGAUAACAGAAAAAGGCAGAGAAAGGACCACCAUCAUCAUAAUCCAUCAUACCACAGUCAGAGUGGAGCCAGACCCCAUGACAGCCAUUCAAGUGGGGGAGCAAAGGCCGAGCGACAGCCCUCCCACCCCCGCCAUCGACGGCAGCGGCAUGACACAGACUCCUCUGAUGGGGGGUCUCCUGUCCCCCGUAACCCUGUCAGCCACAAGACGGCCCCUGCUGGCGGCGCACAAAGCCACAGGCGGCGCCACGACACAGACUCGGACCACUGAUGUCCUUCCCACCCCCUCAAUUCCAAGACUCGUAACACGGACGGAAAGCUCUGCCGACCCCCCCCCCCCCCC